CAAUACCCAAAAACUCCCAAGAAACCAUCAUCAUCAAAAUGCUUCUCGAUAUCAGAAGCAAACCUGCCCCAUAUUAUUUGAAGGUUAAAGAGAAAAUUCAAGCAAUGUUGGUGGGGCAAGUGAUGUAUCCAUUCGUACCCAAAAAUUCUAAAGUUGACUGUUAUAGUCAAUGCUCUGCAAGUUACCAAGAAAGUGAAGGUCUAGGUGCAAGGUAUUUAGGCAUCAUCGAAAAGGAUACCAUCAAGGAAAGUCGUUACCUGGGGUCAGAUCCGCCUCACUGUGGAGAGACUGGACAUCCAGGAUAUUCUCUAUCCUGUGAGAAAACCCUUACAGUAUUCCCUACCAAAUCAGGAAAAUUCUACGUGAAAGCAAUCAAUUAUGACAAUCAAACAAUUCGAGUAGCUGAUGCUAGCGUUGAGGAAGGGAGAUGCUCCAUACCUCAAUACUCCUGGGACGCCUCUAGCUUCUCAACGUUUGAUUUUCCUUAUCAUCAUUCGGGAAGCAUUCUCUUCAUAAGUUGUGAAAAUCUUGUAAAUGCCCCGCGUUUGGUGGAAGCUCCAGCCUGCAUUAACAGUAGCUCUUUUUUCACACCUUAUAGGCCUGAAUCUGAAGGCAAAAGGUAUUAUUAUGUGAAAAUUGGAACACCAACUCCACAUGAGUUAAAACCUUCAUGCCGUAUUGAGCUAAUGGCACUUAUACCAAUACUGGGGAAGAAUUACGAGGACCCCUCCUACCUGGACAUCCACCAUGGGUUAACAUAUGGAAUUGAGUUAUCGUGGAGGGGCGCUUCGUGUGGAAAUAGUUAUUUAACCUACAUUAAUGAGGAAAAUCAGUGUGUUCUUUAUCCUGGUGAUGCAUAUGCGGACAACCGAGUUUUCAGAGUUUUCAGGACAGAUGUAGAUUUGUUCACCUAUUAUAUACCUGUUAUUGUUGCAUUUUGUGCUGAUAUUGUUUGGUACUGGGUCUUAUGGCAUGGAGCAAUAGCUAUUCUUGGAAUUCCAAGUUUCAUCAUAUUUUUAGUCUUCAAAUGGAGGAGAAGGCAUUUAUCCAUGUAUAAUUCUAUUGAAGAAUUCUUGCAAAACAACAACAACCUCAUGCCUGUAAGGUACUCUUACUUAAAAAUCAAGAAAAUGACCAAUGGUUUUAAAGAGAAAUUGGGUGAAGGAGGUUUUGGUCAACUUUACAAAGCAAAGCUUCAAAGUGGUUGCCUUGCAGCAAUAAAGAUGUUGGGCAAAUCAAAAGCUACAGGGCAAGAUUUUUUCAAUGAAGUUGCUACCAUUGGAAGAAUUCACCAAGUCAAUGUGGUACAAAUGAUUGGCUUUUGUGCUGAAGGAUCAAAACGUGCCCUGGUGUAUGACUUCAUGCCUAAUGGUUCUCUUGAUAAACAUAUUUUCUCUGCAGAAGGCAAUAUUGCAACUUUGGGUUGGGAAAAUUUAUACAAGAUUUCUCUAGGAGUGGCUCGAGGAAUCAAGUAUUUACACCGAGGUUGUGAUAUGCAAAUCUUGCAUUUUGAUAUCAAGCCUCACCACAUUCUUUUAGAUGAGAACUUCACUCCAAAAAUCUCUAAUUUUGGUCUUGCAAAGUUAUAUCCAACUAAAGAUAACACCGUGUCCUUGACUGCAGCAAGAGGAACUCUAGGAUAUAUGGCACCUGAGCUGUUUUACAAAAAUUUAGGAAGUGUCUCUUACAAAGCUAAUGUGUAUAGUUAUGGGAUGUUAUUGAUGGAAAUGGCUAGUCGAAGAAAGAAUGUGAACCCAUUUGUAGAGCAUUCGAGUCAAAUCCAUUUUCCUUCAUGGGCAUCAAAGCAAUUGAACAAAGGAAUGGAGCUAGAAAUACGAGAAGCCACAGAAGAUCAAAAAAGAAUCGCGAAGAAAAUGAUCAUUGUAGCAUUGUGGUGCAUACAAAUGAAGCCAAUUGAUCGCCCUUCAAUGAACAAAGUCAUAAAGAUGCUUGAAGCCGAACUUGAGAGCUUACAAAUGCCUCCCACCCCUUUCCAACUUUAUCCCCAUGCAACACAACUAGAUGAUGUCACAGAGAAAACCUACCUCACAGAAUCUGCUAGUUUUUCUUCAUGCAAAGAUAUAGAGAUUGAGUCUAUUAGUUUCCUUGGAAAUGAAAAUUAAGUGGGAUGGUAGUGAAGAAGCUUGUAUUUGUAUUAGAUUAGCUUCCUUUACAACAUAACCAGGGCAAUGAGUUCUGUCUUGCGCUAGUAUGUUUGGCAAACCGAUAGUUAUGUAUAUUUUGAAGUGUAUGAACUAGUUUUAAUUAUUUUGCUUAUAAAUCAAUUAAAGGAUU